CCGGAAGUGACGCACGGCUACACGGCGGCGUGCUGCUAGUAUCAACAGAGAGUGCGGAGGGCUUCCUGCGGCCACCCUGGCAUCAAGCUCAUCAGUCAGUCAGAUUAUACCGUGUGAAAACACCAUGACGACAAUGUUAACGUCUCCGCCUAUCCGUGGGACCGGGGAUGGGAUGGAGACAGAGAAGACUUUAAAAUCUGUCGAAAUUACAGCAUCGCACACCAAGACGGCUCACAGCCCGAAAAGAAAAAGUUCUCCAGCCCCAUCCAUAAGUCCCGGUGUUCUUCAGCUGGGUAAAAUCCAGAUAGAGAAAGCAAUAGAGGUGGAAGCAGUCCGACUCAUCAUCCCCAAGUCAGCAAUAACCCACACGGUCCUGACUAGGCAGGCUAAAUCCCAGGAGGUCCAUGGACAUAGUAAAGCUGGAGUCCUGAACUGUGUAACUGAGCCAUGGAAACAGCUCUCAGAAAUGAAGAGCACUCUAGAAAAACUAAAGAAUUCGGAGAGGAGGUUACUACAAGACAAGGAAGGUCUUUCCAACCAGCUGAAAGUCCAGACUGAGGUUAACAGAGAAUUGAAGAAGUUACUGGUGGCCUCUGUUGGUGAUGAUUUACAGUACCAUUUUGAGCGCAUUGCUCGAGAAAAGAACCAACUCAUUUUAGAGAAUGAAGCGUUGGCACGGAAUACAGCGCAGCUAUCUGAGCAGCUGGAACGCAUGUCAAUUCAGUGUGACGUAUGGAGAAGCAAGUUUCUUGCCAGCCGAGUUAUGGCAGAUGAGCUCACCAACAUAAGGGCAAAUCUUCAGAGGCAAAAUAGAGAGACUCAAAGUGCGCUUCAAGAUUUGUUAAGUGAAAGAGACCAAUAUCGGCAAGAAAUGUCACUAACACAAAAAGUAUUAGAAGAGCUUCUCAUCUCGCUGCAGUGGGGAAGACAGCAGACCUAUUACCCCAUUGCUCAGCCGUACUCUACCACUGAACUGGUGGCAGCAAAUCGGAACCUGGCGGUGGCUGUAAAGUCUCACCUUAUUGGAAAUACUGGAUCAGAGAGCCCCAAACAUACUUCGCAAACAAUUGAAUUUUGUAGUACUCUUGCAGAAAAAAUGGCUGAAAUGAUACUGAAGGCUCAGGAUCCCAUCGCAUGUUCUGAAACGUCUCCAGAUAUUUCUUUCUCAGAGUCCUCACCUUCCUUCUUAGCGGCAAAAAAAAAUAUUGGACGAUUUCACCCCUAUACCAGAUACGAGAACAUCACCUUCAAUUGCUGCAAUCACUGCCAGGGAGAACUGAUCGCUUUAUAGAUGGGCACAACCCUCCUUUUAGCAGUGGUGAAGACAAUGCUAGUCUAAUGGCAAUAACUUCUAUACUCAGGCACCGGCUCAGUGCAAUAAAACUGAGGGAAAUCGUGAAUGUUCUGCUGUUGCGGGAUUUUCAGGCUAGAUAUUUUUUAAGUGUUUAUUGAGGUGCUUUGACACAACUAGGUCAUUCCAUUUUGCAGUCUUUAUGAAAUAGUUUUUUUUCAGUAUUUUUCUCCCCAGGGACAAUUGAAAUUAUUUUAUCGUUAUUUAUUCUGCAGUGUUCUUACACAUUGAAUUUAUAGGGGUCUUACUAAACCUCAGUGUUUCAACUGAUUGAUACAUAUGCCAAAAAUAAAAGUAUUCAUUGCAACUGCUUAAAAAAAAAACUCUUCUUAGGGUCUUUUCACAUGGUGCUGUCAAAUUGUGGAUUAAUAAUGCAAUUACAGUUCCUGGUUUAGUUGCAGUUAACACACCAAUAAACCUUAAUUUGACUGUACCUUGUGAAUAAGUUCAUGUCUGAUUUAGUGCCCCUAUAUGCGUGUAUGCUCAGCAAAUCCACAUGACUCUGUUCACCUAACAGGCCACAAGCAGGCCGGUUUGGCUUCUGUUGGGCCAGUAUAUCAUAAUUUUUUUACAAUCGGAAUUAUGAGUAACAUAUCCAACUGUAAGGCCCCCUGCACACGAACAUGUGCACCCCGUGGUCGUGCUGCGGGCCGCAAUGCACGAACACAGUCCGUGGGACAGCCGCAUCGCAGACCCAUUAACCUGAAUGGGUCCGUGAUCCGGCCGUUCCGCAAAAAGAUAGAACAUGUUCUAUCUUUUUGCGGAAUGGAAGUACGGGACGAAA